AUGGAGCUUUUGGAUAAGAAGAGAUUGGGUGAGGUGGAGCCGGCUGUCGCGUUCGAGGAUGCAGAGCUGCGCAAAUUCCGCAAAGAAAGUGUGGUUGCGAAUUAUAUCGGAGACGAGCAUUCGGCGGUUGACUAUUUCCAGGUGACGAACAACUUUGUGAAACGAGGUGAGAAUCUGGGUGCGCAGACCGGUCGGGUGUGCAAGGCGAUGGCGGGUACGGAGAUGUUAGAGAUGCGGCGUGAGGGCAAAGGGUGGAUUGUGGAGACAAACCGGGGGCGUGUGCGAGCUCGUUUCGUGGUGGUGUCCUCCUGCGGGUACUCAUUGUUAACAGCGCACCGUCUGGGCUACGGCCACCACCUGUCGUGUCUGCCGGUGGCUGGUUCCUUCUAUUUCGGGCCCAAAGUGCUGCGGGGCAAGGUUUACUGCGUCCAAAAUCCGUUGUUACCUUUCGCCGCCGUUCACGGCGACCCAGAUCUAGUAGCCGGAGGAAAAACGCGAUUCGGGCCCACUGCGCUGCCACUACCGCUGCUCGAACGUUACCAAUGGCACACCUUCCCCGACUUCCUCAAAACGCUACGCGUUUCACCCGGUCUGCUCCAAGUUUACUGGGGCAUGUUCAAAAACUCGACCAUGAGAAACUACCUCUUCAAAAACCUCCUCUUCGAAAUACCACAUCUUAACACGCGCCUCUUCCUCAAGUCCAUCAACAAAAUCGUGCCCUCUCUCACCGUCGACCAACUCUCCUACGCGCAAGGCUUCGGUGGCGUCCGCCCUCAAGUAAUCGAUAAAAAUCAAAAGAAGCUUCUUCUUGGUGAAGGCAAAAUCGACCCUGAAGACGCACCCAUUAUCUUCAACAUCACUCCCUCCCCCGGCGGAACUACCUGCCUUGGAACCGCGGAAACUGACGUCAAGAAAAUCACCAAGUGGCUGGGCUGUAAUUACAACCAAACAAAAUUCAAACACCUCCUGCUUGAUGGCCUCUACCCCGAAGAAAAGUAG